AUGUCGCGGCGUGCAAUUGUUGGAACAGAUGUAACCGUCCCAAAAAUUAUUGCAACCUCGAAAAAAUUAUCAAAAAUAAGCAAAAAAUUAACAAUUAAGAAAGAACGACCGGUGCCAAUGGUUGAUCUACCGGCCGAUGCACCACCUGUUGAUUGUCCGCCCGUUUAUGAAUGUUACGUAUUGAUGAAACCUCAUAAAAAACAUCGAAUUAGUAUUACAAAACGUUACAUUGGCAAAGUUGCACGUGGGGUGAUGCGAUUGACCCCAGAAAAAAGUGUAAAAACAAAUAAUGAUGCCAUCGGUUCUGAAUAUACAGUCGAUCUUACUGCUAUAGCAAUUUCAUGUGAUGAUGCAAAACGACGAUUAAUUUUUAAAUUUAAAAAGGAGUCUCGAGAUAUAGGACCUGUAAAUAAAGAUGAGUAUGAGAUUUUUAAAGAAAUGAUUCAGAAACAUCGCAAUUAUCGUCAAAGUGCUUAUCGAAACAAAAAAGAGGAUGUUGGUGAAUUAGUCAAUGCAAAAGCAGAUUAUGGAAAUGAUUCAAAUCCAGCAACUGCAGUAUUAGACUUGCUAAUAUUUAAUGAAAAAACAAACUCAUCCAAUUUUCGAUUUACAAAUAUAACUUUAAGAAUGCAAAAAAGAAGUGUAUUUUUAAGAAAGGUAAAUGAACAAGAAGUAGAUCAGACUAAAGUUCGUGAAGAUUGCCGUUUACAUUCCAAUUUUGAUCUAAACGAAAAAGUGCUAAAAAUUUCAAAUGACAUCAAAGCAAUUGCAGUUGAAGUAAAGCAAAUACAUAAAGAAUUAAAGGAUAUGAUUAGAUUUAUUCAAAGUGGAAGACUAACAUUUUCAGCAGAAUUUAAAGAACCUCAAAAAUUGUCCGAAGAAGAAGAUUCAGUCUCGGAUGAUUCUGAAGAAAAAUUAGAAUUAGCUGCUGCUUACAGCAGCCAACCAUACGUUUUCGAAGCUACUCCAAGAGCUAAAGUCAAAACACUGCAAAGCGAAGAUUUAGCUGAAAAAAAAGAUGAGAAAGUGGAGCGUUUUCUUGAAGCAAUAGAAGCAGAGAAGGUUGCACCGCGGAAACGCAGGGAUCAUUUACCAAAGCCAUCAUUACCAACCGAAGAACUUGGUUUCAGACAACUAAUGGCAAUUGUUGCUCGACGCGCACCUAUUCCGAUAGCAUUUUUUGAGCCAUUGACUAUGUUGCAAGUAAUAUGUGAAGAGUUACGCUAUUCAGGACAAACUUUGAAUAAGGCGCUAUCAGCAAUUGAUCCUGUUGAUCGUAUCGCUUACGUGACAGCUUUUGCCGUAAGUGGUUACGCAGGAAUGGUUUGUCGGAAGCAAAAACCGUUUAAUCCGCUGCUAGGUGAAACAUUUGACUACAUUUCAAGUGAAGGAUGGAAAUAUCAUGCUGAGCAGGUAAGUCAUCAUCCAGCAAUAUCAGCGGCUCAUGCUGAAGGAUUAAAUUGGGCUUGGUGGCAAACUUUAAUAUCUACACCAAAAACUUCUUGGUCUGGAACCAUUGAAGCAACACCUGAAUUACCUGUACGAGUUCGGUUAGGCAAUGAGGAUUAUUGCUGGAAUAGAGUAAAAGUAAUCAUAGAAAAUGCUUCUUCAACAGCUGAAUCCCGAAGAUUACGAAUGGAUGGUACAAUGAAUCUACGAUGCAGUAAUGGCUAUACAAGUACAAUAGUUUUUCGGAAAGAUCGGCAAACUGAAAUUUCAGGCAGUAUCAUAGAUAGCCGUGGUACACAAGUCGUGAAGCUUAUCGGACAGUACGAUAGAUUCUUACAAAAAGCGAAUGAGAAAGACUAUCUAUUUGAAGCGAUUCCAUUACCGAAAAAUGCUAGCCAAUUCUAUGGAUUUUCACAAUUUGCAUGUGGAUUAAACGAUUUUAUAAAUGAUGAAAAAGCAAGUGUACCGCCAACCGACAGUCGACUGAGGCCUGAUCUAAAAGCAUUGGAAAGCGCUGAUUUAAGUCGAGCUGUGGAAGCUAAGAAUAAUCUUGAAAAAGCACAAAGGACACGUGAUGAAGCUAAUCAUAAACGUAUGUGGUUUGAGCAACGUCAAGAUAUUAUGGCGAAUGCUGUGUUAUGGGUAUGCAAUGGACGUUACUGGCAAGCUAAAGAAAAAAAGUUCAAGGGUUACCCAGAUAUUCUCCAGUUGUUUUGGUUCGUUCAACAGAGUUCAAAUCAAAUCAAUCUUCUAUUUACCAUUCACAUACCACUACCUCUUUCCGGGAAUUAA